GGCGGGUCCUGCGGUCCAGGCGUGUCCUCCGUCGGGGGCGGGCCUCGGAACUGCCGCCCCAGUAGGCUUCCGUGCGCGGCGCGGGAGGCCGCGGUAUGGGGCGAGUGCAGCUCUUCGAGAUCCGCUUGAGCCAGGGCCGCGUGGUCUACAGUCCCGGGGAGCCGCUGGCCGGGGCAGUGCGCGUGCGCCUAGGAGCGCCACUGCCCUUCCGAGCUAUCCGGGUGACCUGCACGGGGUCUUGUGGGGUCUCCAACAAGGCCAACGAUGGAGCAUGGGUGGUGGAGGAGAGCUACUUCAACAGCUCCCUGUCACUGGCUGACAAGGGGAGUCUGCCAGCUGGAGAACACAACUUCCCCUUUCAGUUCUUGCUUCCUGCCACAGCACCUACAUCUUUCGAGGGACGUUUUGGGAAGAUUGUUUACCAGGUGAAGGCCACCAUCGACACUCCACGUUUUUCCAAGGAUCACAAAUGUAGCCUUGUGUUCUACAUCCUGAGCCCCCUGAAUCUGAACAGCAUCCCAGACAUUGAGCAACCCAAUGUGGCCUCUGCUACCAAGAAGUUCUCCUACAAGCUGGUGAAGACGGGCAGUGUGGUCCUCACUGUUAGCACUGACCUCCGUGGCUACGUGGUGGGGCAGGUGCUGCGGUUGCAGGCUGACAUCGAAAACCAGUCAGGCAAGGACACCAGCCCUGUGGUGGCCAGCCUGCUGCAGGUAUCCUAUAAGGCCAAGCGCUGGAUUUAUGAUGUGCGUACCAUCGCAGAAGUAGAGGGUGCAGGUGUCAAGGCCUGGAGGCGUGCUCAGUGGCUAGAACAGAUCCUGGUGCCUGCCCUGCCCCAGUCAGCUCUGCCUGGCUGCAGCCUCAUUCACAUUGACUAUUACCUACAGGUCUCCAUGAAGGCACCUGAAGCUACUGUUACCCUUCCACUCUUUGUUGGCAAUAUUGCUGUGAACCAAACCCCACUGAGCCCCUGUCCAGGUCUGGGAUCUUCUCCUGGGGCCUUGUCCUCAGUGGUGCCCUCUGCACCACCCCAGGAAGAAGAGGCCGAGGCAGUGGCAAGUGGCCUUCACUUCUCAGACCCAGUCUCCCUCUCUACCAAGAGCCACUCUCAGCAGCAGCCACCGUCUGCCUCCUCGGGUUCUAUGUCUGGCACCACUGCUGAGUCCUGUACUCAGGAUGGGAGUCCUGCCCAGCAUUCCCUGCACCCUCCCUUGUGCAUCUCUACAGGUGCCACUGUCCCCUACUUUGCGGAGGGUUCUGGGGGCCCAGUACCCACUAGCAGCACCUUGAUCCUCCCUCCAGAGUACAGUUCAUGGGGCUACCCCUAUGAGGCUCCACCAUCCUAUGAGCAGAGCUGUGGUGCCAGUACAGACCCUGGCCUGACCCCUGGGAGCUGACCCUGGAGAGUUAACCCUGUGCCGCCUUCUUUGGUGGGUCUGGCCUCUGCCCUGGGAUGGGGUGCCCAGGGUCUCGUGCCUUUGCUCUCUGCCCGGCCCAUCCACUCAGGACCUGCAGCUACCCAGACCACCCCUUGUGGAUCAGCCUCUUCUGGCUCCCCUGGAGUCUGCCCACUUCUUUCCAGGCUGCGGUGGGGCAACAGGGAUCUGGGACCUGGAGAGACUGUAUAAAUAAAGCGCUUUAUUUGUAGA